CAGCAGGUUGUGACAAGAUGGACCUGGACACGUUCUACAUGGCCGUGCAGUUUGGUGACGUUCCGACCGUAAAGAGGGGGCUGGAGGCUGGGGUGGACGUCAAUGCCAAGAGAGACUGGGGAGGCUUGCCUGACCAGACAUCCCUGCAUGUGGCCUGCGAGUAUGGGCAGACUGAGGUUGUAGAGCUGCUGAUCCAACAUGGGUCUGAUGUGGCGGCGAGGGCGUGGCACCAGUCCACUCCUCUGCAUCUUGCUGCUUAUGAGGACCACACCAAGACUUGUGAGGUCCUGAUUCGUGCUAAGGCGGAUGUGAACGCCAAAAAUGAGACCCAGUGGACACCCCUGCAUCGGGCUGCUUACUGUAACCACACCAGGACUUGUAAAGUUCUGAUUGAUGCUGGCGCAGAAGUUAAUGCUAGAAAUCAAGACCAGCACACACCCCUGGAUCGGGCAGCUGGCUGGGGCCACACCGAGACUUGUGAGCUUCUGAUUCGUGAAGGUGCAGAACUGAUGGCCCCAAAUGUGGCCACGCCCCUGCACUGGGCUGCCAAAUACAACCAGACCAGGACCUGUGAGCUUCUGAUUGAGAAGGGUGCUGACGUGACAGCCAAAGAUAAGAGUGGGCGGACUCCGAUAGAUAUUGCAAAUGGUCAGGAUACUCGGCGUUUCCUAAAGGUACGUGCUGAAGUGGAGAGGAAGGAGAAACAAGAAAAGUUCUACCACGAGUUACUGCAGCAGUCUGGCGGGGUGAGGGUGGACAGGUUUAAGGUGUUCCUUGGAGGGAAUGGGACAAAUGGGAAGUCUACUCUGAAGAAAAGUCUUAUUAGGAAGGACCCGUUAACCCAAGCACAAAGUGUAUCCUCUUCUGAGAAGGAACCCCACGACCCCACCCCAGGUGUAGAUAUUGGAACGUUCCAUGUACCAGGGGUGGGGGAGGUCAGCGUGUGGGACUUCGCUGGGCAGGCGGAGUACGCGGUGACCCACAGCAUGUUCAUGGAUGCAGAGAACACCGUCUUCAUUGUGCUGUACAACAUCACGGACAAAGAGGAGACCAACUCAUGCUUGUUCAUACUGAUUACAACAAAUGUGAUUUUGCUACAGGUCCACUGGUGGCUGUGCUUCAUCAAAUCCUGCAACCCGAACCGGCAGCCUGACGUCAUCCUGGUGGCCAGCCAUCGCGACAAGGUGGCAUCUGCCAGAGGACAGCGCCUAGCAGCCCGUUUGCUUGAGUCGGUGAAAGAAGAGUUCCAAGACCACCUCCGUAUCGCAGAUGAAGUGAUCCUGAUGGACUGUAGGCAGACUCGGACACCUGAGAUGGACCAGCUGAAACGUCGUCUGGUCAGGAUAAAACAGGCCUUGCUGCAAAACCAACGAGACAUGCCUAGGCUGUGUGCAGAGAUCAUGAAGUGUCUACCAGAGUGGGGUCAGAGGAAAACUGGGCCCAAGUGCCCCGUGAUGAUGUGGCCUGACUACGUCAAGGAGGUCAGAGGAAUCAACAAGCAUGUGACUGAAGACUUCCUUCAGAAAUCUACAAGAUACUUGCACCAUCUGGCAGAGGUUCUGUUCAUCACGCCAACAACUUCUGACCCUGUCCUUAUCCUGAAGCCCAACUGGCUUGGAACAAACGUCUUUGGCCCUAUCAUGGCACCGGACAAGUUCCCCAUACCCCGUAUACUCAGGAAACGUAGGGACUACAUCACCAGAUCAGAAAUCCAAGAAGUGUUCCAAGACGUUGCUGACGUGGAUCUCCUGAUCACCCUGCUGCUUGAGUUCCAGCUUUGCCACACCUAUAAUGGGUUGGAGUUCAUCUUCCCAGGGCUCCUGACACAAACCAUGCCGUCUGACAAGUGGCAACCAACACAAGAGCCAAAGGUGGUCUACUUUGGGAAGCAACUCCAGUGUGCCGACUCAACUGACAUGUUCUCCUCUGGGUUUUUCCCCCGGGUGCAGACCCGCCUGAUGAGGGAGCUGGAGAAUCACCCGCUGCUGUGGAGAGAUGGCGCCAAGUGUGCGGACAGGGAUGUGGAAGGUCUGAUCAAACUCUCUCCGGACGGCCGUGCAGUCAACAUCUGUGUCCGGAGUGCGCAGGGCGACAAGGUGCAGUGUGGCAAGAUGCUGCAGCAGCUGGAGAACAUCAUCGCUGAUGUGCUCUAUGAGUGCAGCCCAGGAACAAACACAGUAGAGAAUGUGCUCAGCGCUCGUGCCCUGAAGGAACACAGGGAGGAAUUCUACUCCUACGGCAAGAAGGAGAUUAGUGAAGCAACAGCAGAGGGCGGCACAAUCCAUCAUCCCACCCUUGGGUUCACAGAACAGGUCAGCAACCUGCUGUGUAUGGAGACCCCACUCACCAGGAACCGCCCAGAGCUGGUCCAGAUCUUGCAGGAUGUGGAGCCAAUCCUGAAGCACCUGCAGGCUCGUGACAUCCUGACUGAGGAGGAUUGUAGCGUCAUCAGGGACCACAGCAUGCCCCACGAACGUGCGUGUGCUCUGCUGGACAAGAUGAAGACAAAGAAUGAUGAUGCACGUUGGGUGUUCACGACUUUUCGCACAGUGUUCCCCAACCUAUGCAUGCACUGCUUGGAAUGCAAGCCAUGCCCCAUUCCCCUGGCUUGUGGAUGUGCCUUCCUGUUGUGUGCUGCCUGCAUGAAGAGUCAGACUAAAGGGUUCCACUGCCCCAAGCACCACGUGAUCACAACAGGGCUGGGGUACAACACAUUCGUUAUUGCUGUUGGCCAGGACGGGCAUGGGGAGGAAGACUUCAGAGAGGAUGCCAUUGGCUUCACCGAGAUCAUCACUGAUCCCAACAUCUGUGGUGUGAGGAAAGACAACGUGAAGCUGCUGCUAGAUGCAGAAAUUGCUGAUGUUGAAGCCGCAGUCACAGAAGUAGCAGCAAAGAUUCAGCAGGUUCCAGAAGGCCAGGAGUCGUUCUUCAUCUACUACCACAGUGGUCAUGGAGAUGAGCAGUGCCUCGGCUUCUGGUCCGAGCACAUAUUACAGGCAGUUUCUUCUGGAGAUCUGGAAGAGAUCUUUAGGGGAAGUGGCGCGACUAAGUCGCUCUUCAUCUUAGAUGCGUGCCACUCCUCAUCCAAUCAGGUCUACACCAUGAAGGGGGCACCACAAGAGAGCAGCUCUAUCAAUGGAGAAGAGGUGGAUGAGGGCAAUCCACAAGACCCAGAACCACCACUCGCCAAGUUUGACAAAGACGUGCUUCCAGAAGGUUCCAUGCUCUGGGCGUCCAGCAGAAUCACACAGAAGUCCUGGAAGUGGGAGGAACAGUACAGCGUGUUCACCAAGUACAUCAUCAGCGGCCUGCAGGGUGGCAACUGUGGACGUGACAGCUGCUCAUACUGCCUGACCUUCCAGCGCCGGGCCAGGGAUGCUGGGGCAGUGAGCCUGGACAUCCUAAACGACUACGUGUACGAUCACGUGAAGAACAAGCUGCGGCAGACACCGUCACUGCAAGGCCAGACACCGUCACUGCUGGGUCAGCAUGAGAAAACCUACUGGAUGGCGUACACACAGGACCAAGCAAGGGCGAAGGCAGAAGAUGCACAACAGACAUUCCAGGUACAGGACAGAGAGGACCAGACAUCAUCUUCAGCUGGUGCAGGUCCUGAUCGAUGAGGCGGGUGGAGCCGCUCCUGGACCAGCUGCAUGCAAUGGAGGUCCUUAGCAUGGAGGAGUGUCAUGUCAUCAGGGCCAAAGGCGUCUUCACACCCCACAAUUACGCACACGCAUUGCUGGCAAUGGGAGCAAAGGGAAAUGAUGCAUGUCAGGUGUUCAAGGCUGUGGAAAUAAUGCUAUGAACUUGAUCUAGAGCUUUUGCUGCAAAGCUGAUUGCUGCAAAGCUUAUUCUGCUGCAAUUUAGUUAAGUGCAACGCUUCAUUUUCCAAUUUCAGAGUCACUGAUGAAAUCAAAGAAUGGAUCAUACAUGUACAUAUAUUCAAAGAGUUUUAAAGCCAGGGCAGGACAUGUUUGAAACAAAGCUACCCGUUUGCAGAGACAGACAUGGCCUUACUUUUACGAUGUUGUAUGUAUGCUGUUGGUUAUGAUAUGUUUUAGUGCUUCAAUUCAUGUUUAGUCUCUGAAUUUGAAAAUUUUGCUUUGGUAUCUUGCUUUUUCGGCAUCGCACAUUAGAUUUAAAGUCCUUUGGAGGAUGUCAUUCAUACAAUUACGUGCUGUGGCCUAAUGUAGAAAAACAUAAUGCUGCCUUAUUCAGUUGUACCAUUCGACAAAUAGAGAAUCAACCAUUAGCAAUUACAGCUUGUUAAUGGGAACUACAUGUAUGAUCCAAAAUCAUGUUCAGUUGCUAACUGCUAUUUGGUGCAUGGCAUCGUUUGUGCUUUAAUCAAUUUCAUUAUUCAAGUGGUAUCUAUACUGGCAAAUCAUGUGUGUAAAAGCAAAUAUGCUGUAAUGCAACAUAAAAGCUAUGUGGAAAUGUUUCAUCUCUGAAAGUAUGUGGAAUGUACUUUUUCAACUGUAUAAUGUGACGUAUAAAUUGAGAUUUGUCAGGCAUUGCUCUCGCUGACCAAAUCAUGAAAUCUGGAGAAUUGAAAUGUGAUUACUAGAAUUGGAAAAGUAAAGAAAUGUGUUAAAUAUCACCGUACAAGAGGAGGUUUGUAAUACUUUAGAUAAAGCACAAAGAGACUGGUGAAGAAAGUGUGAAGUAUAUAGUUUGCCAUCAUCUGGGUACAAGAUUCAAAAUGGUGCCAAAGAUUCAAAAUGAUGCCAAAGAUUCAUAUUUACUGCCAAAUAAGUUGAUGUGACUGACUACCGCGCAGACAACAAACACACAUCUGGUGAUAACAGGUGAAAGUUGGUAGUCUAGUGCAUUUGAUUGUCCUUGCUAGUGCCAUACCGUUGUGGUCAUUGCGUCACAUGGUGACAGAUGGAUAAGAUUCAUAAUGACAAUGAAGUUUGUUGCUUAAAUGCAUAAAUAUGUAUAAUGAUAGUUAUGUUGCAAAACAGUUGUAUAAGAUACAACUUACAUGUAUAGUAAUGGGGGUAAUUCUGGUGUAGAAGGAAACAGUUAAAUGGAUAUAAAGCAUAUGACAUUCCAUUACAAAAUGUAUAUUUGAAAAAUGUGACGCUUUAUCCAGAUUUUUGGAAUGGUGGAACUGGUGUUAGGGCGCAGUCACAUGUAGGUCAUUCGAUUGUCAUACGAUUUCGAUAAUAGUAUUUUUAAGCAGGCAGUGACAGAGCCAACCAGCAGAACAUUGUAGCAGAAAAUUGUAGGACUCAUGCAUGGCUGUCCUAAAAAUGCCCUACAGUUUGUAAGUUAGCGAUCGUAGCGAUCGUAGGAC